AUGUCUGGCAUGGAGGAUCUUUCAUGGCUCACAGCCCCGCGGGACACAUACGACAGGCAAUUUCAUCCUUCCGCCAGCCCUUCACUUCCCCUUGAUGCUUAUGAAAACUUCAUCAAAGCGAAGAUAAGUGAAUCAACGGGCUCAAUCAUUCCACUGGUCACAGAUGACACUCUGCCGUACAUUCCAGAUGGUCAUUUGGUCUGUGUACAUGGUAUGAUUCAGGACAUGUUUGACUCGGAGCUUUAUAUUUCCUCCUAUCGACCUUCAACUGAGGCGAAUUCUGUCAAAUCCACUCGCUAUCGAGAUGUGGAAUAUUUGCAGGUUGGUAUCCUCGGCUUAACAUGUUUUGUGUAUGGACAGUUUACCCGAACUUUCGGUAGUUACCGAAAGGCAACUUUAGUGGACCUUCAGUAA